AUGACGUUGGAGAAAAUAUUAACAUAUCUCUCUGAAUAUUUAGGCAGUAUCAUUCGUAGUGUUAAUUGUGUUCCCAAGGAAAAUGGGAUUUCAAAAGAUAAAGAUACACCAACUGCAACUGAAACUAAUGUUCAUACUUUAGCCAAGACAGUUGAACUUGAUGACCGUAUUGCUGCUUUAGAAAAACUUGUUGGUACAGCUCAUGGGCAAAAUUUUGAGGAUCUU